AUGGGGCUCUUGGGGCUGCUCAGCCUGCUGCACUCGACCUUCUUCGGGGACCAGUCACUACAGGAACUGAAGAUGACGAGUUCUGUGGCAUCUUAUGAGCAGCUUGUGCGGCAGGUGGAGGCCUUGAAGGCUGAGAACAGUCAUCUGAGGCAAGAGCUACGAGACAACUCCAGCCACCUAUCCAAGUUGGAAACAGAGACAUCUGGCAUGAAGGAGGUUCUAAAGCACCUACAGGGUAAGCUGGAGCAAGAGGCACGAGUGCUGGUGUCCUCUGGGCAGACAGAGGUCCUGGAACAGCUAAAAGCCUUGCAGAUGGACAUCACCAGCCUGUACAAUCUCAAGUUCCAGCCACCUGCUCUGGACCCAGAGCCUGUCACCCGGACCCCCGAGGGAAGCCCAGUACAUGGCUCUGGGCCCUCCAAAGAUAGUUUUGGGGAGCUGAGCCGGGCCACCAUCCGGCUGCUGGAGGAACUGGACCGGGAACGGUGUUUCCUAUUGAAUGAAAUUGAGAAAGAAGAGAAGGAAAAGCUCUGGUAUUACUCACAGCUUCAGGGUCUGUCCAAACGCCUGGAUGAGCUGCCGCACGUGGAGACGCAGUUCUCGAUGCAAAUGGACCUGAUCCGGCAGCAGCUGGAGUUCGAGGCCCAGCACAUCCGUUCGCUGAUGGAGGAGCGUUUUGGCACCUCAGACGAGAUGGUGCAGCGGGCUCAGAUCCGCGCUUCGCGCCUGGAGCAAAUAGACAAGGAGCUGCUGGAGGCCCAGGACCGGGUGCAGCAGACGGAGCCCGAGGCUCUAUUGGCAGUGAAGUCAGUGCCAGUCGAUGAGGAUCCUGAGACAGAGGUCCCUGAGGACGGCACCCCUCAGCUGGGCAACAGCAAGGUAGAAGUGGUCUUCUGGCUACUGUCCAUGCUGGCAACGCGUGACCAGGAAGACACAGCACGCACUUUGCUUGCCAUGUCCAGCUCACCUGAGAGCUGUGUGGCCAUGCGCCGCUCUGGCUGCCUGCCCUUGCUGCUGCAGAUCCUGCACGGUGUGGAGACCAUGGCUGGGGGUCGCACUGAGACCCCUGGUGCUCCGGGUGCUAAGGAUGCGCGCAUGCGUGCUAAUGCAGCACUGCACAACAUCGUCUUCUCACAGCCAGACCAGGGCCUGGCACGCAAGGAAAUGCGUGUCCUGCAUGUGCUGGAGCAGAUCCGUGCUUACUGUGAGACCUGCUGGGACUGGCUGCAGGCCCGUGACAGUGAGCCCGAGGGUGGUGGCAGCAAUGGUGCUCCCAUCCCCAUUGAGCCACAGAUCUGUCAGGCCACCUGUGCAGUGAUGAAGCUGUCUUUUGAUGAGGAAUACCGCCGUGCCAUGAACGAACUAGGUGGGCUGCAGGCUGUGGCGGAGCUACUGCAGGUGGACUAUGAGAUGCAUAAGAUGACCCGGGAUCCGCUGAACCUAGCCCUGCGCCGCUAUGCGGGCAUGACCCUCACCAACCUCACUUUUGGGGAUGUCGCCAACAAGGCCAUGCUGUGUGCACGCCGUGGCUGCAUGGAGGCCAUUGUGGCCCAGCUGUCCUCUGAAAGUGAAGAGCUCCACCAGGUGGUAUCUAGCAUCCUGCGCAACCUGUCCUGGAGGGCUGACAUCAACAGCAAAAAGGUGCUGCGAGAGGUUGGCAGCAUGACGGCCCUGGUGCACUGCGUCCUGCGGGCCACCAAGGAGUCCACCCUGAAGAGUGUACUCAGUGCCCUGUGGAACCUGUCGGCCCACAGCACGGAGAACAAGGCAGCCAUCUGCCAGGUGGAUGGUGCCCUUGGCUUCUUGGUGAGCACACUGACCUACAAAUGCCAGAGCAACUCCCUGGCCAUCAUAGAGAGUGGCGGCGGCAUCCUGCGCAAUGUGUCCAGCCUCAUUGCCACUCGUGAGGACUACAGGCAGGUGCUGCGGGACCACAACUGCCUGCAGACGCUGCUGCAGCACCUGACCUCACACAGCCUGACGAUCGUGAGCAAUGCCUGUGGCACACUCUGGAAUCUGUCAGCCCGCAGUGCACGUGACCAGGAGCUGCUGUGGGACCUGGGUGCAGUGGGCAUGCUGCGCAACCUGGUGCACUCCAAGCACAAGAUGAUUGCCAUGGGCAGCGCUGCUGCCCUGCGCAACCUGCUGGCUCACAGGCCCACUAAAUACCAGGCAGCAGCCACUGCUGUAUCCCCAGGCAGUUGUGCACCCAGCCUGUACGUGAGGAAGCAGCGGGCACUGGAGGCUGAGCUGGAUGCCCGACACUUGGCCCAGGCACUGGACCACUUGGAGAAGCAGGGCCUGCCCAUGACUGAGCCCAAGGCCACCUCCAAAAAGCCAUUGCCGCCCCUGCGGCACCUAGAUGGCCUGGCCCAGGAUUAUGCCUCAGACUCUGGCUGUUUUGACGAUGAUGAUGCACCAUCCCUGGCUGCAGCUGCUGCCACUGCAGAGCCAGCCAGUCCUGCAGUGCUGUCCCUGUUCUUGGGGAGUCCUUUCCUACAGGGGCAGGCACUGGCCCGUACCCCACCUGCCCAUCGUAGUGACUUAGAGGCUGAGAAGGAGGCUGGUGGGGAGGUGGCUGUGGCAGCCCAGGCCAAGGCCAAGCUGGCGCUAGCUGUGGCACGCAUUGACCGGUUGGUGGAGGACAUUUCUGCCCUGCAUACCUCAUCUGAUGACAGCUUCAGCCUCAGCUCUGGGGACCCUGGGCAGGAGGUGCCAAGGGAGGGCCGUGCACAGUCCUGCUCACCCUGCCGGGGCCCUGAAAGUGGGCGGCCAGGGGUAGGCAGCCGGGCACACCCGCUGCUACGGCUUAAGGCAGCCCAUGCCAGCCUCUCCAAUGAUAGCCUCAACAGUGGCAGUACCAGUGAUGGGUACUGCCCACGUGAACACAUGCGUCCCUGCCCAUUGGCUGCACUGGCUGAGCACCGUAAUGACCCACGAUGUGGGCAGGUUCGGCCUAGCCAAUUGGACCUUGAUUCCCCAGGUGGCCAGUCUGAGUCCCCAGCCCAGGAGUCUGCACCUACUGAUGUCCACGUGCAUACCAUCAAGCUCUCACCUACGUACCAGCAUGUGCCACUGCUUGAGGGUGCAACCAGGGGCAGUGCAGGGCACUUUGCUAGUCAUGGUGCCUCCCCUGGGACCCGCAAGCAGGCCUGGCUGCCAGCAGAGACCCCAAACAAGGUGCCGGAGAAGCCAGCAGCUGCCCCGAUGCCUGUGGCCAGCAAGGUGCUUCAGAAACUGGUACUGCAGGAGGGUCCCCUCUCACUCUCCCGCUGCAGCUCCCUUUCCUCCCUAUCCUCUGCAGGGCACCCAGGCCCCAGCGAGGGUGGGGACCUAGAUGAUAGCGACUCUUCCCUAGAGGGGCUGGAGGAGUCUUGUCCCCAAGAGCCAGAGCUGGAUGGGGGGUGGCGGGUUUCAGGAGCGGCCUCCCUGCCCGUGGCCAUUCCUGCACCCCGGAGGGGCCGAAGCCAGGGCCUGGGGAUAGAGGACGCCACACCAUCCAGCUCCUCCGAGAACUAUGUGCAGGAGACACCACUCGUCCUGAGCCGCUGCAGCUCAGUGAGCUCACUAAGCAGCUUCGAGAGCCCAUCCAUCGCCAGCUCCAUCCCCAGUGACCCGUGUAGUGGGCUGGGCAGCGGCACUGUUAGUCCUAGUGAGCUGCCGGACAGCCCCGGGCAGACCAUGCCACCAAGCAGAAGCAAGACACCACCACUUGCACCCGUGCCUCCAGGCCAGCAUGAAGCCAGCCAGUUCAGCCUGCAGUGGGAAAGUUAUGUGAAGCGCUUCCUGGACAUCGCUGACUGCCGGGAGCGUUGUCGGCUGCCUUCUGAGCUGGAUGCCGGCAGUGUCCGCUUCACUGUGGAGAAGCCAGAUGAGAACUUCUCGUGUGCCUCCAGCCUUAGUGCACUGGCCCUGCAUGAGCACUAUGUGCAGCAGGAUGUGGAGCUGCGGCUGCUGCCCUCUGCCUGCCCUGAGCGGAGUGGGGGCUCAGGGGGCGCCAGUGUCCACUUUGCAGGGCACCACCGGAAGGACGAAGGGCUGGUACCCACGGGCUCUCAUGCUGCCCGUUCAGCUGCCGAACAGGAGCUGGAGUUGCUGCGCGAGUGUCUGGGGGCUGCUGUGCCUGCCCGCCUCCGCAAGGUGGCCUCAGCACUGGUGUCUGGCCACCGGGCAUUGCCUGUGCCAGUAUACAUGUUAGUGCCCACCCCAGCACAGGAGGAUGACUCCACAGACUCAGCUGAGGGCACACCAGUCAACUUCUCCAGUGCCGCUUCACUCAGUGAUGAGACACUGCAGGGACACCCCCGGGACCAGCCCCGGGGGCUGGCAGACAGGCAGAGACCCAUAGGCCACCCAGCCAGACAGACUGCUGGUCACCACCACAAAGCAGGGGCCACAAGCCGGAGCACGGAGCAGGCCCGAGGGUCUGGCAGGACCCGGACAGGGCUGGAGCUACCCCUAGGGCAGCCUUCAAGCACCCACUCAGACCAGGACAAUUCACAUCCCAUCCGUGGGGAUGGGGGGCUGCAGUCACUAUGCCUCACAACACCCACUGAGGAGGCUGUGUAUUGCUUCUACGGCAACGACUCUGAUGAGGAGCCAGCCACCACCACACCAACCUUCCAGCAGGCAUCCACUAUCCCCCGAGUUCUAACUCGGGAGCGUCCAGCAGGCAGGAAGGAGGCCCUGGCCAAGGCAGCUGCCUUGCCUGCCCCAACGCCAGCUCAGGCCCAGCUGAGCCUUAUUGCUGACGAGACCCCCCCUUGCUACUCCCUCAGCUCCUCUGCUAGCUCCCUUAGUGAGCCCGAGCCCCCAAAACAGCCAGCUGGGCGUCCACGGAGCCAAGAGCCUACAGUCACUAAGGACCUGGGCCUGGGAGGUGGGCACAACAGCUCUCCCAAUCCUCAGGCUGAGGAAGAGUUGUUGCACAGGUGCAUUGGCUCAGCCAUGCCCAGGCGUCGGACCCCUGCACCUGGACUGCGGCGUUGUCGUAAGCUCCGAGCUGCCAGGCCAGAUCAGCAGCCAGUAGAGUCCCCACGGGAGUGCAGUGAGGAGGCGGCAGGCUCCGACAGGGCAUCCGACCUGGACAGUGUCGAAUGGCGUGCUAUCCAGGAGGACGCCAACUCCAUCGUUACGUGGCUACAUCAGGCAGCGGCUGCCACCGGAGAGGCCUCCUCAGAGUCUGACUCCAUCCUGUCCUUCCCAUCAGGGGUGUCGAUGAGCUCUACCCUACAGCCUCCCAAGCACAGGAAAGGCCGACAGCUGGGGGAGGUGGGUAGUGCCCGGCGGCCAGAGAAACGAAUUAUGGCCUCAGCAGAAAGCAGGGGCAGCCCCUACUCCCCUGGAAAGCUCGAGAAGCUGCGAAGUGCUCAGAAGACAGAGUCUAGGAUGCCAGCUGUGCUCCGAGGGCACACGGUUAUCUAUGUGCCCAGCCAAGCCACUCGGACCCAGCCCAAAGGUGCUCCUAGCCCCCGUGCCACACCGCGAAAGAUGAGGCUUCCUGGUCCUGCACAGCCAGUGGCUCCAGUAAAAGCCCCCAGCCCCGGGCAGCAGCGGUCUCGGAGCCUGCACAGGCUGGGUAAGACCUCAGAGCUAGCAGCACUAAGUCAACCCCCUAGGAGCGCCACGCCCCCUGCUCGCCUGAACAAGACCCCCUCCUCGAGCUCCUCCCAGACCUCACCAGCCUCCCAGCCCCUGCCUAGGAAGUGCCUCCCGGCCCCACAGGCUGGGAGGCCCCUGCCCGGCCCUGGGGCCUCCCCUGUGCCCAGGACGCCGGCGCGGGCUCUGCUGGCCAAGCAGCACAAGACGCAGAAGUCACCCGUGCGGAUUCCGUUUAUGCAGAAGCCGGCCAAACGGGGGCCGCCACCGCUGGCCCGGACGGCCCCAGAGCCAGGACCCAGGGGCCAGUUGGGAGCUGAGGGGUCCCCGGGGAUGCGCAAGGGCCGCCUAGGCCUGGUGCGCAUGGCCUCUGCCCGCUCCAGUGGCAGCGAGGCCUCCGACCGUUCCGGCUUCCGGCGACAGCUUACUUUCAUCAAGGAGUCUCCGGGCCUGCUGCGACGCCACCGCUCAGAACUGUCCUCAGCCGAGUCCACUGCCUCUGCCCCCCAAGGCGCAUCUCCUCGUCGAGGCCGGCCUGCGAUGCCCGCUGUCUUCCUCUGCUCCUCUCGCUGCGACGAGCUUCGGACCCCCCCGCGGCAGACCCUGUCCCCACAGCGGCCCCCAGCCGCGCGGCCCGGCCCCGGCGAGCGCGCAGCCCGGCGCCCCAGCUCUGAGAGCCCGUCCCGCCUGCCGGUGCGCACGUCGGCCACGCGGCCCGAGGCGGUGAAGCGCUACGCGUCGCUGCCGCACAUUAGCGUGGCGCGCCGUCCCGACAGUGCCACCUCCGCGUCUCCCGGACCACCCGACGCCGUGCGCCGCAGCAGCGACGGAGAGGCCCGACCCCUGCCCAGGGUGGCCGCACGGGGCACCACUUGGCGCCGCAUCCGGGAUGAGGACGUGCCUCACAUUCUGCGUAGCACGCUGCCGGCUACGGCGCUGCCCCUCAGGGGUGCCACGCCAGAGGAGGGCCCAGCCGGCCCCCAGCCGAGCAAAACCAGUGACGCGGUGGUCCAAACCGAGGAGGUGGCCACCCCUAAGACCAACUCCAGCACGUCCCCGAGUCUGGAGAGCAGGGAGCCCCCGGGAGCCCCGGCUGGCAGUCAGGCCGCCUCCGGUGGCAGUGAUGUGGAUGGGCCUGGCCCCUCCAAGGCACCCAGCACCACCCCUUUUGUCGUCCAUGAGGGCCUGGGGGUCGCUGUAGGGGUCUUCCCUGCCAGCCGGCACGGCUCUCCCAGCCGUUCGGCCCGCGUACCCCCCUUCAAUUACGUGCCCAGUCCCAUGGUGGCAGCUGCAGCCACUGACUCUGGGGCCGAGAAAGCCCCCGCCACCACCUCUGCCAGCUUCCUGGAAUAA